AUGGAACUGCCCGUGACAGAUGACUACGUUCAUGUCCAGCUCCUUAAUGGAGGAAGCAUGACGGCGCAGUCCCACAUACUCCACGCGGGGGAGGAGCCGAAGGAGUUUCGGCUGUAUAACUGGGCGUUUUUUAUCCAUCACGUUAAACAAAACCGACGCAUGAUCUGGGAUCUGGGAAUGUCAUCAGUUCCAGAAGAUUUUCCCCCAGCUAUCGUCAACGGACCGUUUAAAGAAAUUCAUCCUCAGGAUCCUCGCGAGUCGAUUGAAAAGCAAAUCGAGCGUCGUAACGGGGUUGGAGCUGAUGAAAUCGAUACCAUUUUGCUCAGUCAUGCACAUUUUGAUCACUGCCGACCAGUAAGCCAGACCUUUAAGAAUGCGACCGUGCUUUUUGGCCCUGGUACAGCUGAAUACUGCGCCCCCGGCCAUUUCGUGAACCCAUCCUCUACAUGGGACGGAAGAUACUUCGAUCCAGAACGGGCGACAGAACGAUGGGAGACGUUACAGGGGCCAUGGAAGCGUUUUGGGCCGUUCGAGCGCGCGAUGGACUUUUUUGGGGACGGGAGCUUCUGGGUGAUUCAGGCCCCGGGCCAUAUGCCAGGUAAUAUGUGUGCUUGUGCUAGGCUCGCAACAGGCGAGGCACUACUCGAUGGUACCAAGGACUUCGGGACCUUCGAGGUCGGCGGGACUAUGGCUUGUCUCCACACAGAUGUCACUGCAGCAAAGGAUACGCUGGCACGGAUUAGAUUGCUGAAAAAAGAGCUGGGGAUUCACGUUGCCUUAGCGCAUGACGCUACCUGGAUGCAGAAGGAGAAUGAUCCGGUUUUAUUCUCUCUCCUGGACGAGAAGUUCAUUAAGGAUAUGCGUGCCGCGUUUCCACAGCAAGAGCCGUUCUAG